GUCUGAGAAUUUUCGCCGUGACCACGGGACUUCACUGACUAUUCACUGGUGGCACGUCCGGGAAUCACUCUUAAGCUGCAAGUUCAGUACCACUAUCAAUCCGAACACCUUUGCUGCAACCUUGCUGUCGUUGCCCUUUUCGGUGGCUGCCGAUCUGCCGAAGCGGGCACUAAAGUUCUUUCCCAGCACCUGACGACAACCUUUCCGAUCUCACUUCCGGUCGCAUCAAGAUGGCGACGACCAACAGCAUCAAGUUGCUUACGGGUAACAGUCAUGGCGGCCUGGCGAAACUGGUAGCCGAGAGACUAGGCAUUGAGCUUGCCAAGAUCAUGGUAGUGCAGUACUCGAACAAUGAAUCGAGUAUCAGCAUCGGAGAGUCCGUCCGCGACGAAGAUGUCUUCAUUCUCCAAUCCACUGAGCCUGGCAACAUCAACGACCACAUCAUGGAGCUGCUCAUCCUGAUCAACGCAUGUCGAACCGCCUCAGCUCGCCGCAUCACAGCUGUGCUUCCGAACUUCCCAUACGCGAGGCAGGAUAAGAAGGACAAGAGCAGGGCUCCCAUUACUGCGAAGCUCAUGGCGAAUAUGCUCCAGACGGCUGGCUGCAACCACGUUAUCACGAUGGAUCUCCACGCCUCGCAGAUCCAGGGCUUCUUCAACGUACCAGUGGACAAUCUGUACGCGGAGCCCAGUACACUUCGAUGGAUCAGGGAGAAUCUCGCUGUGAAAGACUGUGUCAUUGUAUCACCAGACGCAGGAGGAGCGAAGCGCGCCACGAGUAUCGCGGAUGCACUCGACCUGCAAUUUGCACUCAUUCACAAAGAGAGAGCACGACCGAAUGAGGUGUCACGCAUGACGCUUGUCGGUGAUGUCAGAGACAAGAUUGCCAUCGUGGUGGACGACAUGGCAGACACAUGCGGCACGCUGGUCAAAGCUGCAGACGUGGUCAUGGAGCACGGAGCUAAAGAGGCAAUCGCCAUCGUGACCCACGGCAUUCUCUCUGGUAAUGCUAUUGAGAAGCUCAAUGGCGGGCAGCUGAAAAAGCUGGUCGUAACGAACACUGUGCCACACGAGGAGAAGAAGAAGUUGUGCGACCGGAUUCAGACCAUCGACAUCAGCCCCACACUGGCUGAGGCGAUUCGGAGAACACACAACGGCGAGUCCGUGUCGUUCUUGUUCAAGCAUGCACCACUGGACUGAGGGAUUUUGGCAUUUGAAAAGUUUUGGAGUUCACGAGAUCGUGCGGGAGCUUCUCGGGAUUGUUACGAUACCAACCUGAACUGUAGAUGACCUCGUUCGGACGGCGUAGGAUGAGAAAAUACGUGGCUGAAGCAUAGAUUACUGAAUGUCGUGCGAAGCUCUCUAACACAAAGUCACUUGAGCACCUCGCGUCCUUUGCGAUCGCAACGCAGUCGGCAAGCAUGAAAGUCUUGUACGAGGAUUCUCACAGACACAACAUGGAUUAUGUGGAGACUUGGCCGGAUAGAGGGUCGUACGCGUUAUUCAUGGCCUCCUUAUGAACGUCGAAUCUCAACAACUACACACGAAUCAAGUCCCGCGCUUCCUCUGUUGAAUAUGGACGCGACCAGAAACUCUUACAGGCAGGCAUUCCGUGCUUCAGUGUGUCAGAGCUUCUCUGCGCACGUUUUAGGCAUGGACUGAGACAGGAUGCGGACGUAGAUCUGUUCGUUCGAAGAAUAGUGUGCCACCACUCAUGCGCAUCAGGACGAGUUCGAACUUGUUGGCGACAUGCAGGAUGUUUUGAAGCACCCUUUCCGUCGAUAAUCUCAAGAUCAAUUGCGCGAAGUCUAAGAAUGCUCAAAUUGUCUGGCUCCUGGGAAUAUACCACAUACGCAGCCUGUCGAGGUAUUACAUGCACAGACCGCGAUUCCACUGCGUUUUUCUGAUUUUCAUUCGCUUCUCCUAGAGACCUCCUGGAACGCACAACUCGUUCUAAUCGAGCAGGAGCCAUCUACUGCCCCUCAGCCUUUCUUAAGGUCCCCAUGAACCCUUUCACCCAGGAGAAAUGACCAGCAUUCGUCCCCAAACUUCCUCCAGCGAGCUUGCCCGUCUUCG